CUCAUUCAUACGUGACUCGAGAGGCGAUGGCAACCCUUUCGAUCAGACCGAUGGCACGGUUCAUGGUGCCCAGUCCUCACCGGGCUCUAUUCUGCGAUGAUAUACUUGAAGAGAUAUUUCUCAGACUACAGGAAUGCGACGAGCAGGGAGCUCGGCCGCUUGGCUCACUCGCCAGGUCUGCCGUCGUGUGCAGAACCUUCUCACCGCAUGCACUGGAUGCGCUAUGGGCGGACGUAGACUCGCUCGUGCCGAUUCUGCAGCUAUUCCCCGCGCGCCGGCUGAAGGUCGAAUGCCAAUGCAAUGAUAUGACGAAUCCUGAGUCAACAGUGUGUAUGGAGCGUAUCGUAAACGCUCGUUCGAUGCGUAGAUUCCAGGGCUAUGCGAGGCGCAUUCGUGCGCUGCACGUCCACGCAGAGUUCAAUCAAUCUGCACGCACGGCGUUCCUCCUCUCCUUGUCGAAACGCCAAAAACACUCUCAAAAACACUCUAUCCCUCUGUUUCCCAACUUGCAACGCCUGCGGUGGGGAGCCCGCUUCUUUCCCGACCCCUGUUUCACUCUCGUCCUCACACCUUCCGUUCGCCAUGUCGAGUUGAAUUGGGACAGCCGACGCGACCCCAAUCAUUACAAGGACGUGGAUGAGCUUGCGGUACUUGCCUCUAUCCUCCCCCCUCUGUUACGCAUAUUGCCAGUUCUUGAAGGGCUCUACGUCGACGGUGUUAGCCCGUGGGAUGCACUGUCAUUCCCGGAGCUGAGCCAUUGGACGCAUCUCCGUGCUUUUGGCUCGCGUGACCUCACCGUCGACGUGCAGACCUUCCACGUCCUCUCCAGGAUGGAAAAGUUGCAGGAACUACGGCUCUUCACGACGAAGGAGCUUGCAUUUCAUGAUCGUCUAGUACAGGAUGGUUUCCUGGGUUUACGAUCCCUAUCAAUUGUGGGGUGGUCAUUCUUUGUUCCUCCGGUUCUGGCGUCAUUCUGUCAUGCAAACCAUCUGCGCACCCUACGCCUCUACGCUGGUUGGCACUCAGAUAUAAUGACACCGCAACUCAUUCAGGCCCUCUCGGAUCUACGUCAUGUCGAGCAUGUCUUCCUUGACACUCCGUACAUCGAUCUCCUCAACCUCAUCAAGAUCCCACGUCUCUGGCAGGGGCUCAAGACAUGCGAGCUGUCCGAUCAGUGGCCUCCAAACUGGCGAAACCCAAAUGUACAGCAGACGCUGGAUCUGCUCCUUGCCUUUGCGCAGCGGUUUCCUUGCCUAGAGACGCUUUCCCUCCCCCCUAUCGAUUUCCAGCCAAUCCUUCCUCCCAAUGCACCCACGGAGACCGGUGGCGUGUUGUCGAUGUCCCUACGCGAACUCAACAUCAAGAACAUGUACAUCUCUGCGCUUUGUGAGGAGGCCUUGCCGGCGUUCAUCGACCGCUCUUUCCCUGCACUAGAUCUCCGGCGUAUGGCACAGACCGCGGAUAAGAGAACCCAUACACCUUGGGAGCCUUAUGACGACAAGUGGUUGCGGUGGGCGGACGUCGUCGAGAGAGUGAAGACUCUGAGGGACGCGGCUGUACGCGACGAGGGUGAGAUACCUCCAAGCGAAGAUACCCGUUAUCUGCGCUGCGGUAAUGACCGUGGAUACAAUCCGCGCUCCGGCACCAUGACUUGCACGGCAGCACCAAGGUACCCCGACCCCGUCACCUGGCCGCACCCCCUCUGGACGGGUUUUGUGAUAUUUUUGUUGUUGGAAAUUGUGGGACGAUACUUUGAUUUGCAGUGAGAAGUCAAACACGCCCCUUUCUUCAAUCCCUCCAUGUACAGUAUAUAACAAUAGCAGACUGUACUGUAUCGGAGAUCUGCAUUCAGAUCUUCGCGCUGCAGCUGUGGAUGCUCCUUCAGCUUGAACUUGCGACUCUACUUUGUACCCAUUUUGUUGGACACUGCUCGCAGGACCUAUCUUAUAUAUCCUCAUUGUCCAGAGUUCGUAUCUCACUGUCUAGGACGAGCAGAGUCAGUCUACGUUGCAGACUACGUUUACACAUUGGCGACCACUGUCAGUGAGCAAAGCGAGGGCAACUCAUAAGACCAC